AUGGCAGCGGAGACGAAGGUCGAACUGGCGGCUUUUCUCAAGAGCUACGAUACGGAUGGGUCCGGGACUUUUAACCGAGACCGAUGGCUUCAUCUGUGUUCCAGCCCAGCCAUAAACCUCCCACAGAACUUAGCGACAGCAGUUUUUGACCGGUUGGAUACGGAUCACGAUGGAAUUGUUACAAUAAAUGAGUUGUUAGCAGAACUGGAGGAGUGGCAGAAGACAAUGGAGCAGGCGAAAGAGAAUGGUAUGGGCGAAAUGUGUACCACUCCGGAUACUACCACUUACAUCCCCCCAACGCCAAAUAACGACCACCUACUUACAAAUGGAAAUUCGUGGGGACACAAACGACCUAAAGGAACGCUAACCUUCAACAAACGCAAAUACAGUAUUUAUGAGUCAUCUCCGGAAGAGAUUAAUUCGGCCUUUCGACAGAGUUUAGCGCAGGCCCAAAAACUUCAGAAUUUCAUCCGCGAUUCAUAUCCGGAACUUGCGCAACCGUUUGCAAAUAUGGUAGAGAGCUUCAAAAAGGAUAUUAAAGUCGAGCGGACAGAACACGAGACGCUGGAACAGGUAUACGAGAAUGAGAAGGAGGCCCGGAAGGCUGACCUGGAAAGACUGGAGCGGGAACUGGACUCGCAAAUACAACUCGUGGAGGAGAGAUUACGGGCUGAUGUAAGGACGUAUUUUUUUGUAGUAACAAUCGAGAAGGAGUGCGGCUCGCCGUAUAGCAAGGGCUUCAGUCCUAGCGUCUGA